UGCCAAUCUCCUACGCCGUGAUCUCCCCUAGCGUAACCGGUGCGCGGAGUUGGGUGAUUUGCAGGUAAAAUGUCAUCAAUACUUUAAACGGAUAUGACCGAUAAUGUAAAUUAACUGCUUAAAAGAUAACAGAAUGGAUUUAUAAAAGAUACUUUAUUGGUCAAACGUUCUUUUCACCAAAAUGGCAACAAAUCUAUAUGCCACAAAAAAGCGUGUUUAUUGCUUUCGGUUACAGAAUCUGGUAAUUGAAGGCGGAGCUUAUGUCAUCCGUGAGGUAUUGGAUCACUUGACAGGUGUACCUUUAACGGUUCAUCUACAAAACAAUGGUACAAAUAUAACACACCCUAAAAUCAGAAGUCAGCCUGGACAGACAAAAUCUCUAACACAAACGCAGUAUGCUAAACUAUUUGUUUCACCUGGAACUCCAUCACCAUCGGUUACAUCAGCGGAUUUAGAUAUAACUCUUCUGGUAUACCUACUACAAAAAACAUGUCGUAAGUGUGGCCUCAAAAAAGAGACGGAUCAGAUCUGGUUUACAAAUCCAACACCUAAUGACCAGAAAAUCGAACACGAUAUCGUAAGAAUGCGACAUUUUCGAAACGAGCUUUCACACAGAGAAUCCAAUUUGAUUUCACUUCAGGAGUUUCAGUUGAAAUGGCAGGAAAUAGAGACGGUUCUCUUAAGAUUGUAUAGAACGUGCUCAUCGAACACACAAAACCUUCAAGUAAAGUUUGAUGAGUUUAAAAGUGCGACUGUUGACGAAGAAGCAGAUGAGCGCAAUGAACAGAUACUUGAAGAGUGGGCAGAGAUGGACAAAUGUGUUCAAAGUACAUUAAUGAUACUUCAGAAGGACCUGCGUGGAAUAAAUAAUGAUGUUCAAGAAUUGAAAAAUAAAGACCCCCCAAGAUUAGCGACUCUUAAAGAUAUUUCCGAGCGAUACUUCAGAAGAAUGAGUAAAACGAAAGACGUGUUUGUAAGAACAGCUACGUACAACAAAGCUGCAGAGAAAUUAAAUAAAUCUGGAAUCGUUAUUUUAAGCGGGUAUGCUGGAGAAGGAAAGACUACCCUUGCAUCGCAACUAUUGCUUGAAUCAUGCCCGCUAGAUAAAAUCCUUAAACUUUCAGUUCCCAGUGAUAUGAUCGAAUUCAGUACCAAAGAUUGGAAUGGAAUUUUAAUUGACGAUUUCCUUGGAACUACUGUAUUAGAACAGGAUAACGCCAGACACUGGAACGAUUAUUUACGAGACCUGCUACAUGAUGCACACACAAUGCGGUUAUCAGUUGUCAUGGCAACACGCCAGAAUAUUUUAAGCGAAGCAAAUGAUCGCCUCAAUUUGGAUCUUUUCAAAGAGGAAAACAUUAUUUAUGUAUCAUCGUCAGACCUUACAAAGGAAGAGAAAAUGAAAAUCUUAAAUAAUCACCUGAAGGACAGUAGACCACUAACGACGGUACCUUUGAAUGCCUGUAUUUUGAACUGGAAAGAUACUGAGUACAAAGUUGGAUUCCCAGAAUGUGCAGUUAUGUUUGCUUCAAAUGAUACACUGUUUGAAAAAGGGCCAUCCUUUUUUGCAUCACCUUUCGAAUUCUUUCAAAAAUUUAUGACAGAACUUUCGAAAAAUGAAGACGAGUUUAUGAUACUCGUGUUGUUAUGGACAAAACAAUCGAAAAGACUAUCUAAAUUUGACUUAGAACAUGGAAACCUUGACUCACUAACAGAAAUAGCAAAUGCCCUAUGCUAUGAUUUGAAAAAGAAAUCAAAGACUUUGAGAAAGGCCCUUCAGCAUCACAAAGAUGGGAUACUUUGUGAAACUGACAAAAAUGAUGAAUACUCAUUCAGUCAUAAUAUUAUUGGAGAAGUUGUCGGUCUUGUUUUGAGUAAAGAUAAUCCAGACCUGGCGAUACAAUACGGAACAAAAAGCUUUAUUUUGAAAUAUGUCACGACAAAUUAUAGCGUCAAUGAAUGUGUAAUUGUGGAUGAGAGAAGAUUUUCCAUUCUUGGCAAAAGGCUAAAUGAACUACUUUUCGAGGGUGGCGACGUAUUUCUGCGUGACGCGCAUAACGCAUAUAGAACAUUUAGAACGGGAGUUGAGAAUAUGUGCGCAGUAAAAGGGUUUCCAGAUAUAUCGAUUUUAGAUCACGAAGUUUUCAGCAAUGAGAAGUUUAUUAAGAAGUAUGUUAGCCUUUCAAAUGGAAUUGACAUAAUAUCCGCUCCUGUUUUAGAAGUUUUUGAACAUUUUCGAAAUCCUUACAACAUAGUUUUUGGUAAUGGUGAAAUGGGGAUAUGUAUACCUGGAGUUCUUCUUGCUGUGGCCAAUACAAGGAUGGUCGAAGAAUGCAUUCAACGUAAAAUUCUUACAGACAGAGAAAAGUAUAUAGCAUUGCUAAUUGCUACUCGUGACAACAACGAAACGUUGGUUCGAAAGCUUUUGCAAGCAAAUGCAGAAGUAAAUGAAGACACAUUGCAAAUCGCAGUUGUAAACGAACACAUUGCAAUACUGAAAAGUCUUUUGCCAAAGUCAAAUUGUAGCCGUAGUCACAUACAGAAAGGAAAUUCCCCAUUGAUAACUGCCACAAAGAGAGGCUUGUUUAAAAUCGUUCGUUGCUUGCUUCAAAAUGGCGUUGACAUAAAUCAUAGAAAUGUACAAGGACAGUCUGCCCUGGAUAAAGCAAUUGUGUGUAAUGAAUUUAACAUAUGUGCAGCCCUCAUUCAGAAGGGUUGUCAACUUGACGUUAAAGCAGGGAAAUUUGAUCGAACACCUCUUCAUGCAGCUGUUGAUAUGGGUAAUAUUGAAAUAGUUGAAUUGCUUUUAAAUAAUAGAGCAUCCAUAGAUACAACCGAUCACCGUGGAGAAAAUCCUAUACACACAGCAGCUUUGCGUGGUAAUAUGAAGAUUUUGAGGCUUCUGCUGAAUGAGGACAAAAGUCUUGCUAUGAACCGUUUCAAAUUUCAAAGACAGAUCACAACGCUGUACCAUUACGCUGUUAACAAAGAAAACAAAGACCUGCUGCAGAUUCUAAUAGAACAUGAUAUAGAUUUGAAUAUGCAAGAUCAAUUUGGAAGGACGCCUUUGUACUUUGCCGUGUACUAUAGCAAACCAGAGUUUGUAGAACUGAUGCUUGAAAAGGCAGAUGUGACACUGGCAGAGAAUAAUGGAUAUACACCUUUGCAUGCAGCUGUAUUUAAUCUUAAUACAGCGCUCGUCAAAAUGUUAUGCAAAUAUUAUACGGACAUAAGAAUGGUAGACCGAAAAGGAAACUCGGUGUUUCAUGUGUUAAAGAAUGUCAGUAAAGGGCAAAUUGGCAAUGACACUUGCGUUCGAGUGUCCGAAUGCAUCAAAAUACUUCUUAGAAAAGACAAUGACUUUGAAAUAUAUCUUAAAAGAAUGCAAAAUAAAAAGGGAGAAAUUGUCAAUUUAAUGUUUGCGAGGGGCUUUUACUUUGUAUUGUAAAAUUUAACAACUUGAGUACGCUAAUUUAUGAACAAUUAUUGUUAUACCAUUUAAAUUUUAAGCAACAUUUUGAAAUGCUAUGUCUAUUUUCAAGAUGUUGUCAUUUAAGUGUUUCUUGAUACGUACUUAAUAACUAAAAGAUUUAACUAAAAAUGAAUUAAAGAAAUCAUUAAUAUCA